AUGUCGGCCACAGUCUACGAAAUCACAGGUCCGAUCCAGCGAUCGCGAUCAAACUACUACAAACCACCAAUGCCACCAGCUCAGAGGUAUGAGAGUUUCUACAUGGACGAGAAAUACGGUGCAAAUGGGCUUAAUCAACCACUCCCACCAACUCCGCCGCAACCAACACCACCACCACACCACCCACAGGCCUUCGCGUCACCACCGCCCUUUCAAGAUGCGGGGAUGGUGUCGAUCCCCGCGGAUAUGUUUGACAGAAUGUUUUUGAAGUCUCAGGAGCUUGCUGCUGGCAAGGGCAUCCAUCGACAAUUCGGUAAUCCGACUCCCAUUGCCAUUGUGGGAUUUCUUCUGGCGCUCAGCCCACUUUCCUGUGAUCUGAUGGGCUGGAGAGGAGCUGGUGGAAAUGGAGCUGCUUCAAUCGGAGCUUACUUCUUCAUCGGCGGCGUACUGAUGCUCCUUGGUGGGUUCCUGGAAUGGGUAGCUGGCAACACAUUUCCAUUCGUGGUGUUUGCCUCGUUUGGCGGAUUCUGGUUCUCUUAUGGCGCAACAUUGCUCCCGUUCUUCAAUGCAUUCGGCGCAUAUUCGCCGGACCCGACCGACAUCACUGCGGGACUUGCAACCAAGGGCUUCAAUGCGAGUUUCGGCUUCUUCAUGCUAUUCAUGGCGGUGUUGUGUUUCAUCUACCUGAUCUGCUCGCUGCGGACAAAUAUUGUCUUCGUCAUCAUUUUCACGGGCUUGUUUGGUGGCUUCAUCUUCUUGACUGCCACCUUCUUUUUGACGGCUGAAGGGGAUACUGCAGCAUCCAGGAUAUUGUACAUCGCAGGUGCUUCCACCUUUAUGGCGGAUAUGGCUGGCUGGUACUUACUGUCGGCUCUGCUUCUUGUAUCGGUCGACUUUCCUAUUCGGUUGCCACUCGGAGAUCUCAGUGAAUGGAUUCCGAGUUACAGCUCAAGGGGCUGA